AUGUCUUUCAAAUGCAUAGAUAAAAUUGCUAAAAUAGCGAGCGUUGAUUUCGAAGUCCUUGACGCUGCUGGCAAGAAUUAUUUGAGUUGGCAUGUGGACCUGAAGUUCCACUUACGUGCCCAGGGCUUAUUAGCCACAAUUUCAACUCCUGCUCCAUCGGCUCAGGUCACUGUUACGGGUAAUGCUGUAAAUAAUGCUGAGGUUGCUACUACAGUGAUCGUCUCUGAUAUAGAUAAGGCGAAAGCCAUUAUCUACAUCAGGAGACAUAUUGAUCGGACCCUGAAGGCCGAAUACCUGACUGUAGAGGACCCAAAGGAAUUGUGGACUGCACUUGAGGACCGAUACAAACAUCAGAAAGAUGUAAUCCUCCCACGUGCACAUUAUGAGUGGGAAAACCUCCGACUUCAGGACUUUAAGUCUGUAGCUGAGUAUAACUCAGCACUUCAUAAUAUCACCUCACGCCUGAAGUUUUGUGGUGAAGAAGUUUCGGAGGAACGCAUGUUGGAGAAGACUUACAUAUCCUUCCACGAGAAGGAUGCAAUCCUCAUGCAACAGUACCGCGAACGAAAGUUCAAAAAAAAAAUUCUGAAUUGCACUCCACCCUUCUGA